AUGGAACCAAUGAAUUUUUUCCCAGCACCUUUUUCACUAGGAACAAGCGAUAUGACGGUUACAGAUGUUUUACCAGCACAUGUCGAUGUAUGCCCCCAGAAUGUCGAAAAGUCCAUUGUGAGCUGUCAAAUCGGUAAUGUGCUUUACAGUAGCAAGUUAAAGUCUCCUUUGAGGGAUUCUAAUUAUGCUACUAUAAUUUACAACAAACGAACAAAAAGCGUUGAAGUUAUUCACAAAAAGCCGGAGUUCCUUGAGCCUUGCUUUGAUGAUGACGUAAUUGAGGUCCCAAAUUCAGUGAAAGCCGAUAGAGCCACUCUCAUCAAUGCUUUCGGUUCUGUCAAAAAACAACGUGCUUUACGUGAAAUGGAAAGAAAUCAAACUCAAAAGAAUUCGGUGACCAAUGCUCAGGUGAUCGAUCGAGCUAUGCAUGGUCAAACCAAAUUAAAAUAUGAUAACGAAGCCAAUUCGAAUAAUCCUGACAACGAAAUGGAUUGCUCUAACUCUCAAACCGAUGAACGUCUCCGCCUUCUACCACCAAUAGUCUUGAAAGCUUCUUGUCCUGCGGAUGUUUAUCCUUAUGAAAAAUUAGUUCCUCCUAGAAUUUCAGAAGCCUUAAAUUCGGAGGUACAACGUAUUAUAUCUGUUGAUGUCAAUUCGAUUGAUACUCUAAUAAAUAAGAGUAUUUAUCCGCAGUGGAUAAGGAAUAAGCUGUAUAACUUGUGUACAACUAAGUCUGAAGGUUAUACAAAACAUGUUACCGGUUUGGUGUUUCUCAGUCACAUGUUUGCUUUGUUUCACUUGCCUAACCGAGACCUAAUGCGCAAGGUCCCACUUCCAGAUACACCAAAUACUGUUAACAAAUAUCUUCUUACUCAGUUUACAGCAUCAGUUAGUCGGAAUGGUAUGGGACGUCUAAAAGUACGCGCAAUGUCACCAAUGCUUCGUGAUAAAUUGAUUACGCACAUGUUAGUCCUGAUACUUCAUUGUGACAAUUUCAAGACGAUGGUUGAUAGUUUGACUGUAGACUUCAAAAUCGGACGUGAAAGGUUAACUCAGUUUUUCCAAUAUUUGGGAUGCAAAUGUUCAAAGGUUGAAAAUACUCAAAACAAAUCUGAAUUGAACAUGGUAGCUGAACUGGUGACACCGGUAAGACUACCGGAUCUCAAGUCAAAUAGAGCACCACAUUGA